AUGUUAAGUCGUUUUAAAAGCGCUUUAAAUAAUGUGAUCAACAAUUUAGAGCCAAACAGUGGCCUAACGAACGGCUCGACCGCCGGCGCCGGCGAUGGACAGCACUCUCAUCAGCACACGAGCGGGUCGUCGGCCGCCGCCGCCGGACAACACAAUCUCAAGUUCCGAUACACGCGACCGGAGUUUCUGUUACUCCAGACCGACGAUGAGAUACAAGUGUCGGCCGACCAUAUCAUGCGGCCAAUUAUAGUCCCGCGAGAUAUCACUAAACUUCCCUUCAAUUCCGGUUACGCAGAAACCAUAAAUGCGGGCAAAAGUGUCCGCAACGAAGACCACGCGUGUGUUUAUCGGUCGACACUUCGGGCCGUCAUAUCGGAUGAGAGCAUAACGAAUAAAGUGUCAGAUAUGAUGCCUACAGUUCCCGGACAUCCGCACCAAAUACCCGUCGGCGCCAAAAAAGUCUUACCCCCGAAAGCUUCCGAACCAACCAAUGAGAGCACUGAUAGUAGUGUUAAUUCUGAUACGAAAAGUGAUAAAACAAAUGACGUUAAAGAAGUGAUGAACGGCACGGGAGGUGAUGGUCAGCAACAGACGUCAAUCCAAACCAAAGACACCCCCUUUACUGAUCCGCUCCAAACGCCACUGCCUUUAAACGCGUCCACAAACGGACCCAAUUUGGAUGACUUGCUGUCACCGACGACUCCCAUUCCGCUCGCUGUGCGUCUGUCAGAGGCGGCCAACGAGACCGUAGAGUCCGCGUACAACACACCCCUCACAUCACCGCAAAAAUCUAAUUUCAAAUCUAUUAGAGAAGAGUCACUUCCGUGGCUAUACUUCGCUGUGUUUGACGGACACGCGGGCUCCGGCGUUGCGGUCGCCGUCUCUAAUACAUUGCAUAAGAUAAUUGAAGACAAAUUGCAAUCAAUCGCUGAUCUCUUAAUCCGAUUCGGUCUCAAAGACGAGUGCAGUAGUAAUGAAGAGUCGAAUACUGGAAGCGAUUCGGAGUCGAAACGAUUGAAUGGAAGUGUUGUCAUAAAUCAAGACAACCAUUUAGACAAAGAGAAUAUUGCAUUACUAUUCCAUCCAUCGACUGAUAAGAUGAUUACUGUCGACAAUCUAAUAACUGGUGCUCUGGAGUCGGCCUUUUGGCAAAUGGAUUCUCUCAUUGCAAAAGACAAAAGGGUUUAUCGUAUGUCUGGCGGCUGUACCGCUUGUAUCGGUAUUUUCAUAUUAGGCAAACUAUAUGUGGCCAACGCCGGCGACAGCAGAGCCAUUAUAUGUAAAGGCGAUGAAGUGAUUCCCAUGUCAUUCGACUUCACACCCGAAUCAGAAAGAGAGCGAAUCAAGUAUUUGGGUCUUUUAAAGCCAGAACUUUUGGGAAACGAUUUCACGCAUUUAGAGUUUGUCCGAAGGCCUGCGCGAAGGGAUUUGGGCAAAAAAUUGCUAUAUAGAGACGCCUUUAUGACCGGAUGGUCUUAUAAAACCGUUACUAUCGAUGACUUGAAGUUCCCUCUCAUUUAUGGUGAAGGAAAGCGAAGCCGAGUGUUGGCCACAAUAGGAGUGACGCGUGGCUUCGGUGAUCACGAAUUAAAAGCUCAAAACAGUGACGUCGAUAUCAAACCAUUCCUGACGGCACAGCCGGAGGUUCGCAUUUAUGACGUGGAGAACGACGAGAGUAUUACCGACGCAGACGUUCUGGUGAUCGGAACGGACGGCUUGUGGGACAUCACGACCAAUGAGGCCGCGGCCGAAGUCGUACAAAAGUCGUUGGAUGUGUUUCCGGCGAAUGACGUCCAGCGAUACAAAUACCGAUACAUAUCCGCCGCACAAGACUUAGUGAUGCAUUCCAGAGGAAAGUCACGCGAAAGGGGAAGGGGUUGGAAGACAGCGGACAACAAGACGGCCACCAUUGAUGACAUCACAGCUUUUGUCAUUCCAUUGAAACCAUACAAAGAGGAGUACAUUAAGUGGAAAUCGGCCCGAAAUCUGGUCACUGAUCAACAGGAAUGCAGUGAUCGGUAACUCCCGAUUAGCCGACCGUUGUUUCGCUUUACUAGAAACCCAUUAGAAAUCCAAAUAUUUAUUUCAACUCAAAGUUUGAUAUUGUAAUAGAUUUAUACAAAAAAGACAGCAAAAGUAACCAAAUUAUAAGGGUUUUCAUCGUGUGAUACAUUGUUUUUUCAAAGCUCUUCAUAUUUUAAGGCAGAAACAACACUACAUUUAUUCGCAUUGUUUUUCAAAAAGCAUUAUAUUUUUUUCCGUGCAAAUCGUUUGAUACAAAAACUAAAUAGCAAUCAAAUAAUAAUAUACCGGUAUUUUGUGAACCAAAACAAUCAAAUCUACUCUACUUUGUUGUAAAAACGGAAUAUUCU